AUGACGGACAGGAACUAUCCUUUGCUGGAUGGCCAUCCGGCCAACUUAUCGCUUCGCAUAGCAGCACUUGUCAGUGCUUUUACAUCUUUGGCGGUAUUCGCCUGGGCAAUAAAAGCUCACGAUCGCGUGUUUACGGAUCUUAAUGGCGCCUCGCUGUGUGUCAUGAUAUUAGCUACAUCUUCAUAUGCAGUCCUUUGGUCGCUUGUGCCCUUGACAGUCAGGCUUCUUCUCCGUCGAGCUCUCCAUCCGGGCGUUCAUAUUGCAUUCGACUUUAUUGCUUUUUCGGCAGUGUUUGCUACGACUCUCGUAACGAUGAUCGUGUUGACGCCUAUCGCGGAAGGAGGGUAUUCCUGUCGUAGAUCUGCCUGCCGGGAUACUACGUUGCCAAAGGUCGAGUUCUUUGGAUUCGCCAUGGCCUUGCUCACUUCGGUGCUUCAUUUUGUUUUGUUCGUCUGGGCCUGCUGGGCUUGUGACCGUCUCAGGAAGCAGCCCCGCAAGACAGAAAUCUAA